UGACCCAAUAUGGCCAUUCUUAUAGUCUUAAAAAUGAAAGAAAAUUCUGUACUCCCUCUGUGUACGAUGCAAUGUUCUGCUCUCACCCAUUGUGCUACUUUUUUCUCUGUCUCUCACAUUUUCUGAACCUGCUCCCCCUUCUCGUGCUACUCUGUAUCUUACCUCUGAUUAUUUCACAUUGAUAUAUGGAACAGUUCCUUCUGCUUCAGCCAUCCUGUCCAUCAGCACCAUUUUUGAUGUUUUCCCUUUCUGUAAUGAGCCUUCAUGUUCCCUCAUCCCUAAUAUUCUUGGCCUGUUCUACUUUGAGCUUCUUUCACUCACUUUGCUGGCAGCUAUUUACUGUUUCUCCCCCUUGUGCUGCUCUGGAGCCCUCACACGGGCAUUGCCUUCUCCCUGUUCCUUUUAGUUUUUAAGGACUCACCCCCUUUUUUUACAGUUUUGGUGUGUACAUUGGUUUUAAAUGGGAUUCACUUGUGGACCCAGCUCAUGGAUUUCUCCUCUGUUCCGGUCCUGAAGCUGGCUUUCUCCUCCUCAUGAUGUUUCAGGUUGGGGAUCCAGAAAUUCCUAACCCACUGAACUUCUGUUUUAUAAUAUGUUUAUCAAGGCUCCUCCCUUGCCUAGUUCUUUAUCGCAUUGUAAAGUGUGUUUAUUUGCUCUUUGCGUAAUACCAAUUCUCUUUCACCUGCACUUUUUGACAAAUGGUGAUGAUUUCCAACAAGAAUUACACUGGCUUAUGCACCACUACCAGGCUAUCCCUCAAGCCUCAACUGAUGCUGCCACUGCUACUGUCCUGCUUGACUGACAGGCAAGAAGCAGAUUGUCUCAGUUAUGGACAUCUGACUGCGUAGCAUGGCACCUGCAAUGAACUAUAAAUCCAGCUUUGCUUCCAAGAUCCGCUACCUACAGGAAUACCAUAACCGCGUUCUUCACAACAUUUACCCUGUGCCCUCUGGAACUGACAUUGCAAACACUCUGAAAUACUUUUCUCAGACUUUAUUGAGCAUUUUGUCCCGCACAGGGAAGAAGGAGAAUCAAGAUGCCUCCAAUUUGACAGUGCCCAUGACCAUGUGUCUUUUUCCUGUGCCAUUCCCACUCACCCCAUCUCUAAGACCACAGGUCAGUUCCAUCAACCCUACUGUUACUCGCUCCCUCCUUUACAGCGUCCUGCGAGAUGCUCCAUCUGAACGCGGCCAGCAAAGUCGUGAUGCUCAGUUAUCAGACUACCCAUCAUUGGACUAUCAAGGACUUUACGUGACAUUGGUGACUCUGCUGGAUCUAGUUCCUUUGCUACAGCAUGGUCAGCAUGAUCUUGGACAGUCGAUUUUUUACACAACCACAUGUUUGCUUCCUUUUCUCAAUGAUGACAUCCUGAGUACUUUGCCUUAUACAAUGAUUUCAACAUUAGCCACCUUUCCACCAUUUCUGCACAAGGAUAUUAUAGAGUAUCUCAGUACCUCUUUUCUGCCUAUGGCUAUAUUGGGAUCUUCAAGGAGAGAAGGAGUGCCUGCACACGUCAAUCUAUCUGCAUCUUCAAUGCUAAUGAUUGCAAUGCAGUACACAUCAAAUCCUGUGUAUCAUUGUCAGUUACUGGAAUGCCUCAUGAAAUAUAAGCAAGAAGUAUGGAAAGACUUGCUGUAUGUAAUAGCUUAUGGUCCUUCUCAAGUAAAACCUCCGGCAGUACAAAUGCUAUUCCACUAUUGGCCCAAUUUAAAACCGCCAGGGGCAAUAAGUGAGUACAGAGGAUUGCAGUACACAGCCUGGAAUCCCAUCCACUGCCAGCAUAUUGAAUGCCAUAAUGCAAUUAACAAACCAGCUGUGAAGAUGUGCAUAGAACCUUCCUUGUCUGUGGCUCUGGGUGAUAAGCCACCUCCACUUUACCUGUGUGAAGAAUGCAGCCAGAGGAUUGCAGGGGACCACAGUGAAUGGUUGGUUGAUGUUCUCCUGCCACAAGCUGAAAUUUCUGCUAUAUGUCAGAAGAAGAACUGUAGCUCACAUGUCAGAAGGGCUGUCGUCACCUGCUUCUCAGCAGGCUGCUGUGGCCGCCAUGGUAACAGGCCAGUGCGCUACUGCAAAAGAUGCCAUUCGAACCAUCACAGCAGUGAAGUUGGGGCAGCCGCAGAGACCCACCUUUAUCAGACAUCUCCUCCCCCAAUCAAUACGCGGGAGUGUGGGGCUGAGGAACUAGUUUGUACUGUGGAAGCUGUGAUCAGCUUGCUGAAGGAAGCAGAGUUCCAUGCUGAGCAGAGGGAGUAUGAACUCAACCGCAGGAGGCAGAUGGGCCUCUCCUCUUCCCAUCAUUCCUUGGACAACACUGACUUUGAUAACAAAGAUGAUGACAAGCAUGACCAGCGCAUCCUGAGCCAGUUUGGAAUCUGGUUCUUAGUGAGCCUUUGUACUCCCAGUGAGAAUACUCCAACAGAGAGCUUAGCUCGCCUGGUUAGUAUGGUUUUCCAGUGGUUUCAUUCCACAGCUUAUAUGAUGGAUGAUGAAGUUGGUAGCCUGGUGGAAAAACUCAAACCUCAGUUUGUCACCAAGUGGCUGAAGACAGUUUGUGAUGUUCGAUUUGAUGUCAUGGUUAUGUGCCUACUUCCUAAGCCAAUGGAGUUUGCCAGGGUUGGUGGAUACUGGGACAAAUCCUGUAGCACUGUGACACAAUUAAAGGAAGGUCUGAGUCGUAUCCUCUGCCUGAUUCCAUACAAUGUAAUAAACCAGCCUGUGUGGGAAUGUAUUAUGCCAGAAUGGCUGGAAGCCAUUAGAACAGAAGUGCCUGAUAGUCAACUGAAAGAGUUCAGAGAAGUACUAAGCAAAAUGUUUGAUAUUGAGCUUUGCCCACUGCCUUUUUCCAUGGAGGAGAUGUUUGGCUUCAUUAGUUGUCGAUUCACGGGCUAUCCUUCCUCUGUGCAGGAGCAAGCUUUGCUCUGGCUGCAUGUAUUAUCUGAGUUAGACAUUGUGGUUCCUCUUCAGCUACUGAUCAGUAUGUUUUCCGAUGGAGUUAAUUCUGUCAAAGAGUUAGCAAAUCAAAGAAAAUCAAGAGUCAGUGAACUGGCAGGGAAUCUUGGAGCUCGAAGGGUGAGUGUUGCCUCUGACCCUGGACGCAGGGUUCAGCACAAUAUGCUGAGUCCUUUCCCAAGUCCUUUCCAGAGCCCAUUUCGCAGCCCCAUGCGCAGUCCUUUCCGCAGCCCAUUCAAGAACUUUGGACAUCCUGGAGGGAGGACUAUAGACUUUGACUGUGAUGAAGAUGAAAUGAAUCUGAAUUGCUUCAUACUGAUGUUUGAUCUCAUCCUGAAGCAGAUGGAACUCCAAGAUGAUGGCAUCACCUUGGGUUUGGAGAACAGUCUCUCGAAGGACAUAAUUUCCAUCAUAAACAAUGUGUUUCAGGCCCCUUGGGGUGGCUCUCACACCUGUCAGAAAGAUGAAAAAGUAGUAGAAUGUAACCUGUGCCAGUCUAGCAUUCUCUGUUACCAGCUGGCUUGUGAGCUGCUGGAGCGACUAGCUCCAAAAGAAGAAAUCAGGCUGGUGGAGCCCACAGACAACCUUGAGGAUAGUCUUCUGUAUACUAGACCCGAGUUUAUUAUAGGAACUGAAGGGGAAGAGGAAAAUAAAUCUGCAACAAAACAUGGAGAAAACCCAGGAAAUCAUAGAGAGACAACAGAAAAUGCUGCAUCAAUAAAAAAUGACACCGAAAGAAAAUUCUGUUACCAGCAACUUCCAGUUACCUUGAAGCUCAUAUACACUGUAUUGCAGGAAAUGGCUAGAUUUGAAGAGCCAGACAUUCUUUUUAACAUGCUGAACUGUUUGAAGAUUCUCUGUCUUCAUGGGGAAUGUUUGUACAUUGCAAGAAAGGACCAUCCACAAUUCUUGGCUUACAUUCAAGAUCAGAUGCUGAUUGCAAGUUUAUGGAGAGUAGUGAAGUCUGAUUUCUCUCAGCUUUCUUCAUUGGCUGUUCCACUCCUUCUACAUGCUCUGUCGCUUCCUCAUGGAGCUGAUAUUUUCUGGACAAUCAUAAACAGCAAUUUUAACAGCAAAGAUUGGAAGAUGAGGUUUGAAGCAGUAGAGAAAGUGGCUGUUUUGUGCAGGUUUCUGGACAUUCACUCAGUGACCAAAAAUCACCUGCUGAAAUAUUCUUUGGCUCAUGCAUUCUGCUGUUUUUUGACUGCCAUGGAGGAUGUCAACCCAGCAGUGGCUACAAGAGCUGGGCUAUUACUUGACACCAUAAAGAGGCCAGCUUUGCAGGGUCUGUGCCUCUGCCUUGAUUUCCAGUUUGAUACAGUUGUCAAAGACAGACCCACAAUUCUCAGCAAGCUUUUGCUCCUUCAUUUUCUAAAGCAGGACAUUCCGGCUUUGAGCUGGGAGUUCUUUGUGAAUCGCUUUGAGACACUCUCUCUGGAAGCACAGCUUCAUCUGGACUGCAACAAAGAAUUCCCUUUUCCAACAACUAUCACUGCUGUCCGGACAAAUGUCGCCAACCUCAGUGAUACAGCAAUGUGGAAGAUCAAGAGGGCUCGUUUUGCACGUAAUCGUCAGAAGAGCGUGCGUUCCCUGAGGGACAGCGUGAAGGGACCUGGGGAAUCAAAGAGAGCACUCUCUCUUCCAGAAACCUUAACCACCAAAAUCCCUGUGAGGUUGACCAGGCAUGAGCAGUCUGCUCCUGCACUUGGUGGAACACCAGAGCAAACGCCAGGACAACCAUCCCCAGAGAAUGACAAUACAAUAAAGGACCUGCUUCCAGAGGAUGCUGGGAUUGAUCAUCAGACCGUCCACCAGCUGAUUACUGUGCUAAUGAAGUUUAUGGCAAAGGAUGAGAGUAGUGCUGAGUCAGAUAUCAGCAGUGCUAAAGCCUUCAACACAGUGAAGCGCCAUCUGUAUGUCUUGCUUGGCUAUGAUCAACAGGAAGGAUGCUUCAUGAUUGCGCCUCAGAAAAUGCGCAUUUCAACUUGUUUUAAUGCAUUUAUCGCUGGAAUAGCACAAGUGAUGGACUAUAACAUUAACCUGGGAAAACAUCUCCUUCCAUUAGUGGUUCAGGUGCUGAAGUAUUGCACUUGUCCUCAACUAAGACAUUACUUCCAGCAGCCUCCCCGUUGCUCCCUCUGGUCCAUCAAACCUCACAUUCGGCAGAUGUGGUUAAAGGCGUUACUUGUCAUCCUUUACAAGUAUCCGUACAGAGACUGUGACAUCAGCAAGAUUGUGUUGCAUCUGAUCUACAUAACAGUCAACACACUCAACGCCCAGUACCACAGCUGCAAGCCACAUGCCACAGCCGGUCCUUUGUACAGUGACAACAGUAACAUAAGCCGAUACAGUGAAAAGGAAAAAGCAGAGGAAGACAGUGUCUUUGAUGAAUCUGAUAUUCAUGAAACCCCAACUGGACCCUGCAGUAAAGAGUCGCAAACAUUCUUUGCAAGACUGAAAAGAAUUGGUGGCAGCAAAAUGGUGAAAUAUCAACCAGUUGAGAUGAAUGCCCAGAGAAGUGAAAUAGAACUGGCUGAAUAUAGAGAAACUGGGGCGUUACAAGACAGCAUUCUACACUGUGUGAGAGAAGAAAGCAUUCAGAAAAAAAAACUGCGCUCUCUAAAACAAAAAUCUCUUGAUAUAGGGAAUGCAGACUCCCUGUUGUUUUCAUUAGAUGAACAUCGUAGGAAGUCCUGCAUAGACCGGUGUGACUUAGAUAAACCACCCACCACUGCUGCUUACACCAUGCAUAGACAGAAUGAUUAUGGACGACCUAGACAGAAUUCUUCUACCAGGACUGAAAAUACAGAGACACAAGAGAAUCCUUCUGUCAUGGAAAGCUUCCGGGAAAUAAGGAGACCUGUCAUACCAGAAGUCAGGCUAAACUGCAUGGAAACAUAUGAAGUAAAAGUGGAUUCUCCAGUGAAACCUCCUGUUCUUAAAGAGGAUUUAGAUCUGAUAGAUUUGUCCUCUGACUCAACAUCAGGGCCUGACAAGCAUUCAAUCCUUUCCACUUCAGACAGUGACUCUCUAGUCUUUGAACCACUUCCUCCCCUGAGAAUAGUGGAGAGUGAUGAAGAAGAAGAAACAACAAACCAAUUAAACGAUGGUGUCUCUGGCAAAACUGCUGUGUCAUCUCCCACAUCUCUCAUCAGUGCCUCUGCCCUCAGCCUCAGUGCAACCCGCCUCGUGCAGUUCAGCAUUGAGGAUUGCUCCAAAGACUUUACAUCUAAGGAUGUUAGCAAUAAUGUUUCAUUAGGAAAAAAGGAAAUCCCCUCCACAGCUCCCAAAGAUCAAAAAGACUUUGAAGAGUUAGCUAAGCCAGAGGAGCUUCAAGAUGUGUCCUGUGGGAGCCCACUAACACUUAAGCAAAAGCGAGACCUAUUGCAAAAGUCAUUUGCACUCCCUGAGAUGUCCCUUGAUGAUAACUCUGAGCUUAGCGUGGAAGAAAUUAAACCUUGUGGACCAGUUCCAAGUUCAAAUGUAAAAACUGUCCUUAUUAAGGUUCCUGAAGACUCUGAAAACCAAACAGAACCUGAUAAGCUUGAUGCCAACACAGAAUCUGAUACAGAACAGAAACAGGAGGAAGAAGCUGAGGAGUCAGAAUUUAAGAUUCAGAUUGUUCCCAGGCAGAGAAAACAGAGAAAGAUUGCUGUGAGUGCUAUACAGAGAGAAUACCUUGACAUUUCCUUCAACGUUCUAGACAAGCUGGGGGAACAGAAAGAGACAGAUCCCACUGCUAAAGGACUUUCAACUCUGGAAAUGCCAAGAGAAUCAUCUUCUGCUCCAACACUUGAAGCAGGUGUGCCAGAGACAAGUAGUCACUCUUCCAUAUCAACUCAGUUCAGACAGAUGAAAAGGGGCUCCCUGGGAGCUCUGACAAUGAACCAGCUAAUGAAGAGACAGCUGGAACACCAAUCUAGUGCACCCCAUAAUAUCAGCACUUGGGACACUGAACAGAUACAGCAUGGGAAGCGGCCGUGCAAUGUCUCAGUUUGCCUAAACCCUGACCUGGAGGGACCACCACUAAGAAUAAGAGGUGCCACCAAAUCCAGCUUACUGUCAGCACCCAGUAUAGUCAGUAUGUUUGUACCAGCCCCAGAAGAAUUUACCGAUGACCAACCUACUAUGAUGACUGACAAAUGCCAUGAUUGUGGGGCUAUCCUCGAAGAGUAUGAUGAAGAAACACUAGGUCUGGCCAUAGUUGUUCUCUCCACAUUCAUUCACCUAAGCCCAGAUUUGGCUGCUCCUUUGUUGUUGGACAUCAUGCAGUCUGUAGGAAGGUUGGCGUCAAGUACCUGUUUUUCUAAUCAAGCAGAAAGCAUGAUGAUCCCUGGUAAUGCUGCCGGUGUGGCUAAGCAAUUUCUCCGUUGCAUUUUCCAUCAGCUGGCUCCCAAUGGUAUUUUUCCACAGCUGUUCCAGAGCAAUAUCAAAGAUGGAAGUUUUUUACGGACCCUGGCUACAUCUCUUAUGGACUUCAGUGAGCUGAGCUCCGUAGCUGCACUGAGCCAACUAUUAGAGGGUUUAAACAACAAAAAGAACUUGCCAGCAGGGGGCGCAAUGCUACGUUGUUUGGAAAACAUUGCUACAUUUAUGGAAGCUUUGCCAAUGGAUUCUCCUAGUAACCUCUGGACCACUAUUAGUAACCAGUUUCAGACUUUCUUUACCAAGCUGCCUUGUGUUUUGCCACUUAAGUGUUCUUUAGAUUCCAGUUUAAGAAUAAUGAUUUGCCUGUUGAAGAUACCUACCACUAGUGCCACCCGGAGUCUUCUUGAGCCAUUUUCAAAAUUAUUAAGCUUUGUCAUUCAGAAUGCUGUCUUCACUCUGGCCUACCUGGUAGAACUGUGUGGCUUAUGCUACCGAGCCUUCACUAAGGAAAGGGAUAAGUUCUACUUGUCCCGCAGCGUCAUCUUAGAAUUACUGCAGGCACUGAAGUUAAAGUCACCCUUACCAGAUACGAACCUGCUGCUGUUGGUACAGUUUGUUUGUGCAGAUGCUGGAACAAAACUAGCUGAGUCAACAAUCUUGCAUAAACAGAUGAUUGCAUCUAUGCCUGGAUGUGGAACAGCAGCAAUGGAGUGCAUGAGGCAGUACGUUAAUGACGUGCUGGAUUUUAUUGCCGAUAUGCAUACCUUAACCAAAUUAAAGAGUCACAUGAAGACAUGUUCCCAGCCACUGCAUGAAGACACAUUUGGUGGACAUCUCAAAGUUGGUUUAGCUCAGAUUGCAGCUAUGGAAAUUACACGAGGAAAUCACAGAGAUAAUAAAGCUGUGAUUCGUUACUUGCCGUGGCUGUAUCAUCCUCCUUCUGCAAUGCAACAGGGGCCCAAAGAAUUCAUCGAAUGUGUAUCUCAUAUUCGUUUACUCUCCUGGCUACUUCUGGGGUCUCUGACACACAAUGUCGUCUGUCCGAAUUUUCCCUCGUCUUGCAUGCCAAUUCCUCUGGAUGCUGGCUCCCACAUUGCAGACCACCUUAUUGUUAUCCUGAUUGGGUUUCCAGAGCAAUCAAAGACAUCAGUGCUGCACAUGUGUUCCCUCUUCCAUGCAUUUAUAUUUGCUCAGCUCUGGACAGUGUAUUGUGAACAAACUGCAGUAGCUCCUACGGUCCAAAAUCAAAAUGAGUUUAGCUUUACAGCCAUCCUUACAGCUCUGGAGUUCUGGAGCCGAGUGACACCUAGUAUCAUACAGCUUAUGGCACAUAACAAAGUGAUGGUGGAAAUGGUGUGUCUACAUGUGAUUAGUUUAAUGGAGGCUUUACAAGAAUGCAAUUCCACUAUCUUUGUCAAGGGUUGCAGAGAAGACUUGAAUGUUCACGGCCCUAACCUACAUGAAGAAGCUGCAAAGAUAAUAGCUCUCUGAUUGUUGGCUGAUGGUUGUUUUUUAUUAUGUUUCAGACAAUUUAGAAAAUCCUGUAUUGCCUCGACCUUGUUGGUAAUUAAGUGUAGGGGACAGAGUAUAUUUUAUGUUUCAAAGCUUCCUUCCUAGAUGUAAGCCUUUCAAACAAAAAUAAAUUAUCACUAAAGAAUGGUGAGGAGGAGAGAGUGGGUGAAAAAUAAUCUUAUUUUUUUACUCAGUUUCAGCACAUUCUUAAUAUCCUUUUCCUGAGCUUUCUGCAUUGUGCAAAUCAGAUCACCACCACCAACCCCACCUCUUUUCAGCACAGUGGUUGCCACUAAACCCUGCACACUUGCCAUCUUCAUUAAUUAAGUUUAUUGCUGUAUUUCUUAUUCUAGAUAGGGAAUCAGAUGUGAUUAAAAUGUUCAAGAAGGCCACUGUACAAGUUCAUCACAGCAGACACAGGAAAAAUGUGUAAUUGUAGUGAUCACCACAACGGGGAGUCAGAGGGUCAUAUGUUGCCAGGUGGAUUAUGGGAAGUGUGUUUACUUGGAUGCUGACAUGGUGGGGAACCUUAUUAGGAACGGGAUGGGGGGAGGGUAAAGCCAGGGAAAGUAGAGCAAGAUAGGGGACUGCAGAUCCUCCUAAACUACAAGCAGAGGAGGAGCUUUCUUCCAUCUCACUGGCAGGGAGCAGCACUUUCUCACAACUCCCCUUCCUCUUUGACUGGUACGGUGAGAGUUCCACCUCCUGAGUUCAUCUACUUUUAGCCAUUGGUGUUACGUUCCCCACCCACUUGCGCGGUGUAUGCUUCCCCCUGGGAUAGAGCUGCUCCCUUUUAUUGGCAGAUAGCACUUUUUGGCCGGAAUUUUAAGCCAUAUUCCCCCCUUUGGAGAAAAGCCUGACCGGAAGAUGGAAAGAAAAAAAAUCCAAGAGUUCCAACUCAAUUUCUUCCUCCUCCAUCCAGCUAGGUGACAGUGCGGGGAGUGGGAGGAUUUGCUCUCCUCUAACACCCCACCCCCUCAAGGCAGAGAGUUCAGUCCUCCUAAACCUUGUGUGGAUCUUGGGGUACAUAAGAGACCCCGUGUUUCUGCACAGCUUUCCGACCAGCUUCCCUUCCCCUUUGGCAGGAAACAUGCUGCCACUGGCUAGCUCCAUAGGAGCAGCAUGAACCCCUGCUCAGAUUUCCAGUGGUAAGUCUGUGAGGUUAGCAGGGGGAGCAUGCCAUGGAAUGUGGGUGCUCUUUUAGCUGUCCUAUUUCUGCCUCUCAAAAACCCCACAUAGACCUGAGUCAUCAGAGCUCCAGUGGAGGAGCUUCUGCAAGGUCCCAGGGAAGGAGAUUACAGAGCUAAUGCUCCCCUGUUCUCUGGCUGGAUUCCAUCUGUUUUGGCAUCCAUCUGCCUGCAGAAGCAGAGGAUUGAAUCUGGUUCUUUAUUUGGUGGACCAAGUAAUCAGUACUGACAGAGCUGCAUAUGAUCCACUAGCAAAACAGCACUGAAAUUUAUGUUAUGCAGCCAGACAAACAAUUAGCAUUCUUUAAAUGGGGGGAAUGGUGCUUUAUCUAAUGCUGUCAAUACUGAUUAGGUUUAACCUACAACUCUCAGGAGCAUAAUUGGUAAAUUGCAAAUUCUGAUGCCAUUUGGAGAAGCAUUUCAGAACAAUAUGCCCAGUGGUUAAAUUAAUAUUGGAGAGCAUGGAUAGAAAUGGUUUCCGUAGGCUUGUCAUGUAAAGUUACUCUCAAAUAAAAGUUUUGUUAAGAGAUAUAGCCAGAAACAAAUAUCAGCUCUUGGAUUAUGGAUUCCCAGAUCCCUCCUUGCCUCUCCUACUCUGUUGGUGUCUGGAGUAUGACCACAUGAAGCCCUGAUCCUGCAGUUCCUCUGCAAAUAGAGUGCCCAGGGAAGUCAGUGGGAGUUUUGAGUGCAGAUUGAUGAUGCUCUAUCCUGGAGAAAAUAAAUCCAGGCAUAGGUCAGAGCCUAAGAGUUACUUUUUCAUCCUGAUGAGUGAGUCUUCUAUCUCUUGGGAGUAGGGUGCACGGAGGGCUCCUUUUAGGACAAUGCAGAGAGAUCAUUGGAGAUGAGGGAUUAAGACAUGGCAAGGCAAGGGUGAGGCUGGAAGAUCCACUGCUACGUGGGUUCACCCAUCCUUCCCAUGAAGGGCUGCAGUAAGAGCUGCACAGCAACUCCACAGCUGUUUGGCAUACUGAAGGGAAAAUUCCUUUUCCACUGCCCCAGCACUAAGAUACCCAGCUCACUGUCCGCUAGACGUUGUAUAUGGUGAAAGGAGGUCUUGGGCUUCAAUUAGAUGUGUGAGUAUAGCAUGGAUGCCUGUGAUUGUUGACCUAUAAAACAAUGGUCAGUGAUCAGAAUAUAAAAUAUUCUGCAUCAUCAUGAACUUCUUCCUCAGUCCUUUUCACUCUUCAACAUCUGCGACAGUGUGCACCUUUUUGUGCAAUGCUUGGACCGCAUUCAUUCCAAUACCUGCUCACCUGGGUAUUAAGAAAACACCUCCAGGGAAAUAUUCCUUUUAAUGGAUUUUUAUUUUAAACUAUCGACAUUGCCUUAAAAUAGUACCAGUAAUUGCUCCUUAUUGUAAAAUAGGAUACAAAUGAUCAAAGCUGGCUUCUUAACCUCUGAAUGCCACAUGUCCAGCAUGCCCUCUUUUACAAAGACAUUUCCAUAUUUAUGGAUGAGUCCUUUCAGCAUGUCACCAUCCAUUCAAAGGGCUAAAUGAGUUAGACAUACCCUGCUCUGACUCGCUGUAACCAGAACAGAUUCAUGGGCCCAUAUAGUAUACUAUCAAAAUAUUUGUUGUCUCUUCGUACAGCUAAUACCUAUGUGGUUGCCAAUGAUUCAGUCAAAUCUAAAG